AUGGACUUCACAGCCGCCUAUCGGCACGCGUCGUGGCGCUGCAUUUCCUUUUCGCCGGGCUCGACGUUUUUGGCCUCUGUGGCCGCAGAUGAUGCUUGCUCGGUGGUUGUGAGGGCCAGCUCGACACUUCAAGUCAUUCGGACUUGGACGCUGGAGGCGUCGAUCAGUACGCUGGAAUGGUCUCCCGAUGGAGCUUUCCUCUUGGCAGCACAUCCUGGACAGACAGAAGAUGGGAUCGUCUUUGUUGUAUCGCUCGAUCCGGCCAAGGAAGCCAAUGACGGCUCUGAUGCGGGCUCUGGAUGGGUCGCUAGAAUUUUGUCUGGCUCUGAAGGACUCUCGCACGCUACAUGGGCGCCGCCUUAUGGUCCCAAGACCCUGAUCUUGUUCAGCCAUAACCACAUUCGGGCGUCGCUAUACAAUCUGGUUGAUCAACACAUCUCGGCAGUCGAAGGCCCCAAACACGACAAGAUUGCAUGGACAGCCAAGCAGCCCAACUACUUUGCCAGCAUCCUCAAGGGAGCAGAACGUGAUUCUCUCUACAUCUUUUCUGCACAGAAACUGACACACAAGGAUCUGCAGCAGUUCACCAACAAGCCAAAAUCAGACGAGAUGUGGAAGGUGGAGCAUGGCUUCCAUCUCUCCCUGAACGAUGCGCAUGAUGUGCUUUGGGCUCCGGACGGGAGCUGCCUGGCAGUAUGGGAGGGGCCGCUAGAGUACAAGCUGCAAAUAUACACACCUCUUGGCGCUCUUCGCGCGACCUUUCUCAUCGAGCCGGAGAGCGACGACGGUGCACCUGUCACACGAUCAGGCCCCACAGCAGCAGAGGUUGGGCAGACGUCAAAGCGACGUCAGAAAUCUACCGAACUCACUAGUGGAGUCGCAGGCGGUGGAAGUGGGAUUCGCCAUGUGGAAUGGCAUCCAUCCUCGCUGUUCAUUGCCGUUGCAGGCGGAGACGAAAUGGUGCGCGUCCUGGAGAGCAUCGAAUGGGAGGAGGUGGCGUGUUUGGAUCUUUCGCGCGCCUCGAUCCGAGCCAACAAGGACUCGCUAUCGAUACCUAGUUAUGGCCCGCUCAUCGCGUGGAGGGAACCACUCAACUGGCUAGAAGAGACGAGAGCACGCGGCAUUGUCGCAUUGGAGCAGGCGAGCUUACCGAUUUCCCUUUCAGCGUCGAAAACGGAAUCGAACAAAGUCAAGUCGCCAAAGGGCAUCGCAUGGAUAGCAUGGAGCCCACAGGGAAAUCUGCUAGCUGCGCUGAAUGAGCGCCUACCGCAUGCUGUCUGGAUCUUUGGCUUUGCCGAGCCAGGUCAAGGCAGAGUUGUAGGCAGUGCACCUCGUCUGCUCGCGGUUCUGCAGCUCAAUAGUGCUGCACGCAGAGUAUGUUGGAGACCAGGCCAUGUUGGUAAGCUGGGUGUGGUAUGUGACAAUCGUGCCGUCUAUAUGUGGGAGCUGAUUGCCACCUCGACGUCUCAUUUCAGGCAGAGAGCAGAGGCGAUCCCAAUACCCAAUGACGAUCUGAAGGCGAUGCAAUUGCAAUGGUCGCCAGAUGGGCAAAAGAUCCUGCUGGCUUCCGACUCGCUGUUUUGCUGCGCAUUUGAAGCGGGCGAGAGUUGA